CAUGCUGCUUCCCUGUGCCGUCCUGCUGACAGACCGGCUCAUGUUGGUGGAGAGGAUUAGGGUCAGAUUAGAGCUGAUUGCAGUGGGCCGGUCCCCCAGGACCGGGUCCUUCAUCUGUAGGGGGACGGACUGAGGCCCAGACCCCCAGGGACAGACACCACAUGGGAACCAUCUCCUCAGUGGGCUCGGCUCCGGGUUCUAGUCCUGAGCUCCUCCAUCCGGACUGAGACGAUGCUCCUGCUGCUGGAGAAAUGAUUCAAUAUUCAGAGACCGUCGUUUCAUCGUGGCGUUUGGCGACGGCCAGAAGGAACCGCUUUGAAAAGAGCGUUCAGGAAUGUUCAGUCCAGUCUUCCAUCAGAACAUAUUCAAAACAUGGCUCCCACUUUCCUGCCUGACCCGGACGUUUCGGAGCGUGUUCUCCUGCCGCCGGCCACAGCCGUCAUCCCUCUGCUCCCGAGCUCCUGGUCUCCAUGGAGAAUUCAUGGAGCGGCUCCUUCAGGAGCCCAGGUCGUCUAGAGAAGCCAGAUAAUGAACAACGUCAUCAAGAAGGCCAGAGAAAAAGGAAAGUGGAAGGUACUCGUGGUGGACAAGCUGAGCAUGAGGAUGAUCUCGUCUUGCUGCAAGAUGACGGACAUCAUGUCAGAGGGAAUCACCAUUGUAGAAGACAUCACCAAGCGCCGCGAGCCUCUUCCCAGCAUGGAGGCCAUCUACCUGAUCACGCCCUCCGAUGAGUCUGUUGAGGGUCUGAUUGAUGACUUCAGGAACCCCCAGUCCCAGAGGUACCGAGGGGCCCACGUCUUCUUCACGGACACGAUCCCAGACACCUUGUUUGGACUGUUGACCAAAUCCAGAGCCUCCAAAGCCAUGAAGGCCUUGACUGAGAUCCACAUCGCCUUCCUGCCCUAUGAAUCUCAGGUCUUCUCUCUGGACAAAGCGGAGGCCUUCCAGGACUUCUACAGCCCCUUCAAGGCGGCCGUGAAGGGCAGCAUGCUGCAGCGCUGUGCGGAGCAGAUCGCCACCCUGUGCUGCACCCUGGAGGAGUACCCCGGGGUCCGCUACCGAGGGGAAUACAAGGACUGUGCCGUUCUGGCCCAGAUGCUUCAGGAGAAGCUCGACGGCUACAAGGCUGACGACCCCAGCAUGGGGGAGGGUCCGGACAAGUGUCGGACCCAGCUGCUCAUCCUGGACCGUGGCUUUGACCCGGUGUCUCCUCUCCUGCACGAGCUCACGCUGCAGGCCAUGUCCUACGACCUGCUGGGCACCGAGAACGACAUCUACAGGUUUGAGACCAGUGGGAUGGGAGAGACCAGAAUGAAGGAAGUGGUGCUGGACGAGGAUGAUGACCUGUGGCUGACUCUGAGACACAAGCACAUCGCAGAGGUGUCAACGGCCGUCACUCGUUCUCUGAAGGACUUCUCCGCCAGCAAGAAGAUGAACACUGGAGAAAAGACCACCAUGAAGGAACUGGCUCAGAUGCUGAAGAAGAUGCCUCAGUACCAGAAGGAGCUCAGCAAGUACUCCACCCACCUGCACCUGGCGGAGGACUGCAUGAGCCGCUACCAGGGCGCCGUGGACAAGCUGUGUCGGGUGGAGCAGGAUCUUGCGACGGGCGUGGACUCAGAGGGCGAGAAGAUCAAGGACCCCAUGAGGCUCAUCGUGCCCAUCCUCCUGGACCCCAACAACAGCGUGUCGGACAAGAUCCGCAUCAUCCUGCUCUACAUCUUCAUGAAGAACGGUGUGAGUGAGGAGAACCUGUGUAAGCUGCUGCAGCAUGCCAGCAUCCCCCCAGAGGACAGCGACAUCAUCUCCAACAUGGCCCACAUGGGCCUCCCCAUCGUGUCGGAGGGCAUCGCCAAGAAGGCCAAGAAGCCGGACCGUAAGGAGCGCGUCAGCGAGCAGACGUACCAGCUGUCCCGCUGGACGCCGCUCAUCAAGGACCUCCUGGAGGACGCCAUCGAGGACACACUGGACCUGAAGCUCUACCCGUACCUCUGCCAGCGGCAGGCGGCCGCCAAGGCCAGCGCUCCGUCCAGCGCUCGCUAUGGCAACUGGCACAAGAACAGGGGCCCCACGGAGAUGAAGACGGGGCCCCGGAUCAUCGUCUUCAUCAUCGGAGGGAUGACGUACAGCGAGAUGCGCUGCGUCUACGAGGUCACGCAGGCCAACGGCAAGUGGGAGGCCCUGAUUGGUUCGACCCACAUUCUCACCCCCCCAAAAUACUUAAAGGAGCUUCAGCACCCAGACUUCCUGGACCCCAGCUCCCCUCCAGAGGGCGCCGACGAGCCUCCUGCAGAAUGAAAAGACAUUUGGAAGGAAAUUGUGGGACAUUUCCCCCUUUGGAAGGUGAUGUGUGUGAUGAGUCCUCUGGAGGAGAACACUGCAUCACCAUGACAACAGAACAACGUGGAGGAGAUGAUCUUUGUGUGUCUUUGUGUGUGUGUGUCUUUGUCACCUCCACCAACAUGCGUGUGUGUGUGGUCUUCAUGGAGGUCAGCAGGUCACUGUCCUCACCGUCUGGUUCAGAGGUUCUUCAUGGUCUGAGCUGACGCUCUUCAUCAUUGAGCAUCUGAAGACGAGUUGACGGUCGGCGGUGACUCUUUGGCUUUGAUGUGUUCUUUAGUUUUAGUCGUGUGGUGACGCUCUGUCACUAGACUGUGACGUCAGUGAUAUGAUGAGUGUGUCGUUCACCAACUGUCUGCUGCCACAUGUGUUAAUAAAGUUGAUUCCAUUAAACUCG